UCAUCAAUUCUAUUUAUCAUCAAAUAAUCAAGUCGUACAAGUUCUGAUCUCAAUGAUUGAAACACUAUGUUCGUAUAUUCAUUAAUUAGCAAGGAUUCGUGUAGUUCACUAAUUAGCUGUUCCUACACCAAUCACGGGAGAAAGUUAUUGUUUACAAAAAAAUGAUGAUCAAGUUGUGUACCAGUGUAGGUGUGAUGCUAAGAAUCCAUAUGAUAGAGUUCCUCGUGACAUUUGAUUAUUAAACAGAAAUAAUGGAACACAAUGAAUUGAUAAAGAGAAAAAAUAAGCAUGAAAAAGUCUAAUAAUUUAAUAAACUAUCUGAUCUUUAUGAUCAUAAUUACUUUUAAAAAUCCUACGCUAGCAAAUUAAUAAUUGUUUGUAAUAAUCUAUAAUACUUUUUUAAUUGAAAAAGCAAAUUUCCAACAUGAUAGUAAUCUCCUAUUGACAGUAAUGUUGUAGACAACGAUCUAUUUAACGCGGAUAAUAUCAAAGUAGGAAAUUGAAAAAUCCUAGAGAGCUUUUUUCCGCAAGUUUUGUAUGUUUUUUGCCUCAAAUUCAGCAGAUGAAAAUACAAAAAUCAUAGACUAGCGAAGCUGGCUUUGCGUAGACAUUCAGAUAUUUUUGCACAGAAUUCAUGCCGAGGAUAUUAAUUUGCUGUAAAAAUCAAAGCGACGAAGCUAACAGUUGAGAGGAAAUAAAUAUAUAAAAGCUGCAAUCGAGCUUCAGAUUCACAUUUUUGGGUACAAUAGUGGAAAAAAGUUGACAUAAGAGAAAAAAAGGCAGGUUUUCUACCAACAUAGAAGUAUGAUUACUGCGUUGAUAGUGGUUAAAGAUGAAAAUAUACCACAUAGUGAGAGAAUACAAGAUGAAAAGCCAACUGGAAAAAAAGAAUACAGUUGGAGAAAAGAAUAUAAGUCUAAGGUAGACUUUUAGAGGGAUUUCUGUUGUUGAAGUUGGAUGAGGUAUGACCAAUCUACUUAUUCACUCAAGAGAACAUCAAGGAUGAAAAGAACCAGCUUUUAAUUACCAACUUAUGGCUGAAAUUGGAGUGGAAUGACGUCAAUAUGAGGUGGAAUGUUUCGCAAUAUGGUGGAGUGAAGGACCUCAGAAUUCCGCCCCACAGAUUAUGGAAACCCGAUGUUCUCAUGUACAAUAGUGCUGAUGAAGGCUUCGACGGAACUUAUCCGACUAAUGUUGUCGUCAAAGAUAAUGGAACUUGCCUCUACGUGCCACCGGGUAUUUUUAAAAGUACCUGUAAGAUCGAUAUCACCUGGUUUCCGUUCGAUGAUCAACGUUGUGAAAUGAAAUUUGGCUCGUGGACCUACGAUGGAUUUCAGCUGGAUCUUCAACUGCAGGACGAGUCUGGUGGAGAUAUAAGCAGUUUCAUUACUAAUGGCGAGUGGGAUUUGCUAGGAGUACCUGGCAAAAGAAAUGUGAUUUACUACAACUGCUGUCCAGAGCCGUACAUAGAUAUCACCUUUGUGGUUAUUAUAAGAAGGCGAACACUCUACUACUUUUUUAACUUGAUCGUACCCUGUGUUUUAAUUGCCAGUAUGGCAGUAUUAGGGUUCACUUUGCCACCGGAUUCUGGUGAAAAAUUAUCUUUGGGGGUAACGAUUCUCUUGUCUCUCACUGUGUUCUUGAACAUGGUAGCUGAGACAAUGCCAGCAACGUCCGAUGCCGUGCCGCUAUUAGGAACAUACUUCAAUUGCAUCAUGUUCAUGGUUGCUAGCAGCGUAGUCAGCACAAUUCUCAUCCUGAAUUAUCACCACCGGAACUCGGACACUCACGACAUGUCUGAAUGGGUGAGAGUAUUGUUUUUACGUUGGCUACCUUGUGUACUUCGUAUGUCAAGGCCUUGUGAUAAGAAGGAUGAUGAUGCUACAAAGUCACAAAAGCCUUCUCCUGUUACUGGUCCUAAGGCAUAUGGAGAUUUGGAGCUUCCUCAAAGAAGUAGCAAAUCUUUACUAGCAAAUGUAUUAGACCUUGAAGACAAUGCACUGGCAUCCCACAAUAAUCUAUUAAACAACGUGUAUAGCACACCAGGUCCCCAUCACCAUAUGGGUCAUGGUCACAGUCAUAUACAUCCAGCGUCACAGACACCUCAUCAUCAUCAUAGCCACACUCCGGCGCCAACACCACAUCAUCAGCAUUCGACGCCGCUACCACAUUCUUCGUAUCCACCACACCAAAUAAGUCAUACACCACAUCACCAUCAGCAUCCUCCGGACGGUGCCGCACAACCAGUUGAGACGAUACUCCAGAGUGCUUGUUUUUGCGCUCGUUAUGAGCUUAUAUUAAUCUUAAAGGAGUUGAAGGUCAUCACAGAUCAGCUGAAGGAUAAUGAAGAACAAACAAAAAUAACAAACGACUGGAAAUUCGCGGCGAUGGUGAUUGACAGGAUGUGCCUAAUCAUUUUUACUUUAUUCACGAUAAUUGCCACAAUCACCGUCCUGUUUUCGGCACCUCACAUUAUCGUCACGUGAUUCAGGAAAGCAAGCUCGCCACAACGUGGAGAUGCUAAGCUUCAUGUUUAUGACUAUUGGUUGUUACGGGUUGUUGUAGUUGUGCCGCAUUCACAUUCGUGUUUAAUGCUUGUAAAACGAAAAAUAAAUUUUUUUUGCCGACGACAAAUUAUUAUAGUAAUAGAGCAAUACAACGUACUUUCUUCCGUGAUAUCAUCGUCAUUUGAUAGUUUAUGAAAGGAAAAAAAAAUGAUAAUACAAAUAAUAUUUCCUAGCGAUUGUCUCAUUUACGCAAGCACUCUCUCUAUUACAACAAUACACAAUAAUAUCACACAAUUGCACUAACAAUACAUUCAACAGACAGUGAUAAGCAUAAUAUAAUUUUUUCACAAAUAUAAGUAUCGUAAACGUCGAGAAUGUUUAAAUUUAUUACAUAGAAUUGAUUUCUUAUAAUGUGCCAUUUUCACAAGAUACAUUGAUGAGUAAAUAAUUAAUUAAUUAUAUAAAUAAAUAAUUAAGUAAUUGAUUAAUUAAAUAAAUAAAUAAAUAAUGGAGGCACAUCGCAAAACAUUUUUGUGUAAAAUAAUGCCAAUGCGCACAUAUUGUAAUCUCAAGACAAUGAACUGCCAAGGUAAUUCAAAUGCCAGUGAAUUUUACUAUCCGUAUCAGUAGUACGUAAAAAACUAUGAAACAAUUAAAUUUAUACCACGAUUAAGUGGCGUGCGUUAGCACACGAUCUUUUAUAGGGUUAAGCUAUUUGAAACGAAGAUAUUUGAGCAUAAGGAAUAAUUAUUAUCAAAUUACUAAACAUAUUUUUUAGUUACAUACUUUUUUCUUAUUAAUUAGAAAAGGAUAGUCAAUUUUAUUUAAUUUUCUUUUUAUGAAGCCAUUAUUGUUAGAUAGUCCCGUUUAUCUGAAAGAAUUUUAUUAUCUUUGAAAUUUGAGAUUUAUUGUAUAUGAAAGUUAAAUUCAUUAUUUAUUCUAUUCUUUUCAUUCAUCCUUUGCUAUUUCAUCCAUCUUUUCGGCCGCACGCCACUCAUUAACCAAUUGAACUAGUAUUUGCUCUGUGAAAAUACCCAACAUUGGAUUGUUUGUCAACAAAUGUUUUGUUCAGAAACGAAAAAAAAUAUAAUACAUAGACGUCUGUUAACAUUACAUAGAAAAAAUUUCAACUAAUUUACUAGAUAUUUCUUAUUGUCUACAACUUGAAUUGUUAUCAACUUUAGUGAAAAAACAAGUAAGAAAACAUAAUUACAAAAAGUAUGAAAUAAUAGAAAUCUAUUAUACUAUUAGUAGAUUAUUUUAUUAAUUAUAAAAUUGAAUUAUCAUUUUGUUUUGAUUAUUAAAAAUUGAUGAUAAAUUUUACAUAAAUUUUUCUAUGUAAUAUUAAAAAGAUACGUACGAUUCAAAAAAAAAAAAUACCCGUAAUUAUCUAUAUACUAAUAUCUGACAUAUACGUACACUUACACGGAAAGAUCUAUAUAUUCGAAAUUGGUACAUACUAUUGAUGUGUCUAUUGCAUCUCCACGUCUUCCAAAAUCAAUUUUUCAUCGCACGCAUUAAAAUUUCUCUCGUAUUAAUAUUUAAAUAACAAAAAAAUGAAAAAAGGAAAAAAAAUAUGUAAAUGGUGGUAAAAACUAAAAAGUUUUGAGACAAUUAAAUGAUAAAAGUUCUUUGAACUGUAAAUGAUGAGAUUUUAAUGGGUGCAAGUAAAGCAUUUUAAAGUUUCUCUCCACUUUUCGGUGACUUGAAAUUACACUUUACUCUUUAAAAUUAUAGACCAGUUCUUCAAAAUUGUUUCUCAAUGAAUUGUUCAAUAUUAUUUUCUUUAUUCUAUUAUUUCUUAGUCAUGGGCAAUUGAAUUAUCGAAUUCUUCUGAUAACCAAUUUUUUUUAUAUAUAUUCAUAUUACCUAAUCCAAGUAUCAAAUUUUUAUUAUUAUUAUUAUUAAUAAUCAUAUAUAAUAGUAUUGAAAUAAAUCUUAUAAAUAAAUAAGUGAUAUUAAGGUUUUCUUGAUCUUGUUUACGGAUAGUCAUGUGAAUGGGCGCUCGUGAGAACUAUUUAUUAAUUGAAUGAAAAUAAAAAAAAAGAAAAAAAAUAACAAAAAGAAAAGUAAUAAAAUAAUUCAGUCGUAUGAAAAUUUGGCAAAUGCCACUGACGCGACAACCAAUCACAUUAUCUUUUAAAUAAAAAUUUUAAAGUUAUAACAUAUAUAAACAAAUGUUGUUAAUGAUGUUAAUCGAAUAAAAUAUAAAAGUAGGAUAUUAUAACGAUAUUGAAAUAAUAUUCGGUUCAUAAAUAAUUACGGUUUUAUGUUAAAAAUGAAGAGUGAAUAAAAAAUUAAAAUAAGGACCUUCGCGAAAAAAAAUUUUAAAAAAAUAUAUAGAUAAUGCCUAGUUAGGUAUAUUAUAAUUCUCAGAGUGAAUUAUACUCGCGUAAAUCGUUUCAAUUUAGAAUAAAUAUUGCAAAUAAAAUGGGAUAGAUUGUAAAAUUUUUCAUUCUUAUUAAAACUUAUAUUGGGGAGGAGAAUAAAAUAAUUAAUUAUAUUUUAUUUGCAAUAUUUAUUCUUAUCUAGGGUAAGUGAUAAAUAUUUCCAGUUUGCAGAUUGCAAAUCAAAAGUUAUUUCUAUAUAAUCAGAACGACAUUAAAUGGAAAAAUUUACUAUUUUAUACAAAUCUAAUAAUACGUAUUUUCUAUUAAUUCCGAAUUAUGUGCAGUGCAAUUUUACAUUGUUAUUAUUAUACUAAAAUUAAUGUACACGAUGGACAUUAGUGCAGAGGAAAAAAUAAUUUUAAGUAAUUAUCAAAUGUAAUAUAGAAAUCAACAUCCAUACUAUAUAACGUAUAGCAAGCUGAUGGAAUAUUAUCACUUGCUCGAUAUAUACGUAUAAAUAUUGAAGAGGAACGGAAAAUUAAUAAAAUAAAUAACUAGUGGUAUAGAAUUGACGAUAAUCGAAAAAGAUAGUGAAAUUCAACGUUGUGAAAAAAAUGAUUGAACAAAAAUCAAUUAUAAAUAAAUAAAAUGUAAAUACAAUUAUAUCUUGUGUGACAUCUCAAUUGUGUUGCCAAUGUUAACGAUUGUUCUUGGAGGCUUAAUUAUUAAAUGCCUCACAAUAAUUACAUUGACACUUUAAUCUCAAUGAAAUCUGUUGUAACAUCUUAUAAAAAAAGUGUUUAACAAAAUUAUAAAUAAUAAUUAAUAAUAAAAUAACAGGAAAUCAACGUAAUUGCAUUAUGAAAUAUGUACGAGUAUGCUCAAAUAAUUUGUAUAAAAAAAUCAAUAAGGAUUUAUAAUUCUUAAAACAUCAUUAGUAUACGAGCAUAUAGGAAUAACGUAUUAGUUUCAAUGAAAAUCGGAUAACAAUGCUUAAACGAUAAUGAUGGCAGUAAUGGUCAUUUUUGAGUAUUCAACCGGUUGGCUUAUUUCAUCUCACUGAAAUCUAAUAAGUAAACUAAAAAAUACUUUAAGUGUAUGUUAUAUUUCUGCAUACCUAGAGGUAUGUCCAGCUCAACUAUGUAAUUCAACUUUAUUCCAUUUGUAUGCUAUAAUUCAUUUUUUUAAAGUUACAUCAUUUUUUAUUCAAUCAAUAUCGUUCUGUGAGAAGAACGAGAAUCGGUGCAGAUAAUCAUUUCAUAAGCGACUGUUGUUGUAGAGUAAUAUAUAAUUUAUUAAGUAAUUAUUACUCAUAGAAGACUUGUAAUUAGUACUUAUGUAUAAUAUACUUAAGCUUGUUUAAAAAAAA